AGCUCGGGUCACAACAAGCCGGCAGCGGCGGAGGCGGCCUCCAUUUUGACUCCGACACCGAGCCGCGCCUCACGUGUCCUGGGCCGUCUCUCCCUCUCCCUCUCUCUCCCCCCCUCACAUGACCCGAGUGUUUGUUCCCGUGAUCACCACUUCCAUCUCUCGUCCGUGACACUGUAUAUCAUUUUUUUUUACUCUGACCCUGAUGGAUAUGCUCGAACGGAGUCUGGACAGCGCAAGCCAAGAAAAGCAAGAAGACGAAGUUGUCCAGGUGUCUGAAGACGGGACAGGAGAGGAGCAGACGGCCGUCACCAUAGCCGGCGUGCAGCAGGCUGCAGCGUUCGCCGACCACAACAUACAAUAUCAGUUCCGCACCGAGGGGGGGCAGGUGACGUACCGCGUUGUCCAGGUGACCGACCAGCAGCUCGAAGGGCGGGAUGACGGGGGAGCAGCAGCAGUGAUCCAAAACCCUUUCAGCAAUGGAGGAAGCCCGGCGGGCGACGCGGUGGGAGGGGAGACGCGCUUCGCUUACUUCCCCGCUGCCGCGGUGAGCGACGGGACCGUGUCUGUUCAGGCCGCCGCGGACCCCACACUCACGCAGGCAGGGGGUCAGUUCUACGUGAUGAUGACCCCCCCCGACGUCAUUCAGACGGGCCCGCAGCGGACCAUCGCUCCUCGCUCUCAACCGUACCCCGCAGAUGAAAACGAGCUGCUGCAGCAAGAAGGUUUAAACUGGAAAAUGGACGGGCCGCGAACGCCGAGAGAUGAAAGGAGGAGAGCGCAACACAAUGAAGUCGAAAGGCGGAGAAGAGACAAGAUCAACAACUGGAUCGUCACGCUUUCCAAGAUCAUACCAGACUGCAACAUUGACAGCACCAAGACCGGAGCAAGCAAAGGGGGCAUCCUGUCGAAGGCCUGCGACUACAUCCGCGACUUGAGGCAAAGCAACCAGCGGCUGCAGGAGGAUGUGAAGGACGUGGAGAGGAUACAAGUGGACAACGACCUGUGCAGGCAGCAGAUUGAAGAGCUGAAGAACGAGAACGCUUUGCUCCGAGCGCAACUGCAGCAGCACGGCAUCGAGAUGGUGGGAGAGACGCCGCCGCAGUGAGGCAGAGACCCACAAAAUAACGCAACACACACACACAACCCAGGAGGGGGUGGGGGGGAGGCGGGACCACCACUCAGACGCCAGGCAGACGGCCCGGAAGAGAGGAACAAAAACAAAUAAUUAACAAAAAAGAAAUCAAAUGAGAAGGACUUGUGAAGAAUCCCCCUCUCUCUCCGAAUGCCCCCUCGCCCCGCCUGACUGCCCCCCGCCCUGCUGAGACAACCACCUGGUACCACCCACCACCACCAGUGCUUCCCCAGCAGGGGCCGUGAAGCAGCGCCUCUGCUGGACUCCGCCCUCCUUCAGCGUUUAUGCAGCCUCACUCAUGGACUGUGAUGGGUUUUGUUUUUGUUUUUUGUUUUUUUCUUCUUCUGCGAAAUCAGGAUUUUCAUUAAGUCCAUUUGUUCCGUUUGUCUUGUCUGGUGUUAAUGUUUGUUCUUAGCUGCUUUUAAUUUAUUAGUCGGCUCGCUGGCAGAAGCCUCGAUGGAGGCCGGUUACUGCAGGAGCUCUUUGAGCCAGAAAACAUCAAAGCGAGAAGCGAGAAUAACAUUGUGAGGCCACAGACUGAAAUCUGAAUGCCGCGUGCACGCUGCUCACCUUCCAACCUGCCUUCCACUCUGGUUCGUGUAAAUAAGACUGUUGUAAUACAGUUUUUCCACAGCUUCCGAGCCCAUUACCUCUGGGGGGGGGGGAAACGGCAAUCAUGCGUUCACGUCGUAGUAUUUGCCUACGGAAGCUUCUGUGCUGGAAUUGUUGUCCAUCCAGAAAACAACUCUUAGAAAGAUCCAACGGUUCGAAUUCGGUGUCAUUCUCAGAUUGGGAGGGUGCCCCGUGUAGACCGCUGGGGGCCCCGGCGUACCGCUCUGUGCUCUGUGGGCCGGAGACGGAACCGUCCACAGCCGCUUCUUCUCGCCCGACUUCUUUUCGCUCACGAGCGAUUCGUCGGGAGUCUCGAUCCGCGUACGAAUAAUCCCCACGCGGUUCAUUCCAAGCCGUUUGCUCUAUUUCGGUAUCGGAACACUUCAAAUGCAGCUCGACGCACACGGGGAGGGGGGGGGGGGGAAGGGCACACUCAAAGCCUCCGCUCACCAGCUUCUUAGGCAAAGCACGGCUCGUCCUCCAUGGCGAGAAAGAGGUCACCAAUAACUACUCACCCCCCCUCAAUAUUAACGUUAUUGCUGAAGACUUUGUGAAUGAACAUAAGUGAUGCUUUGCUUCUGAGUCGACCGCUGAGGGAGAAGAAGAUCACACCUUUGGAUCCCCGUAGAGAGAGCGUGAUCUAACGGGACUCCUGGUCCAAAAGCAGAGGAAUCCAUGUGUCGCACUAGUUUAAAUGGUAUUUUUAUUUUUCCACCCCCCCCCCCCCCCCCUCCCCCCCCAGUGAGAGGAGCGAAUGUGAAGACAUGAAUAACACUUUGUAGGAAGGAUGUUCACAAACGAGAAAGGUCACUCUUGGCUAUUUUUUUUUGUUUUUCUUUGUGGUUUCUUUUUUGAGGAAUGGCAAAAGAAUGAAGUGAAACAAUCCUUUGUGUAGCAGCCUCACUUUUCUCAGGUUAGAUUUUAAGACACCUUUUCUAAGUAAAAUGGUGAAUAAAAGUUUCACUAGUUAAUAACCUUAA